GGGCGCGCGAGUGCCGCGACAUUUUACAUGGUUAUUGACUAACUGGUGUUGUGCCGUUGUAAAUAUUGUUUUUUCGGUGUGCCGAAAACUUUUCGCGGAUUCAAGUGCAUGGUGCGAGUGCCGGAUAGUGCGUGCUGUCCCGUACGAUGUCCCGAAUGCCGGCGGGUUGAUGGAAACCGAGGCGGACGCCGUGAAAAAUCCACCAUAGGUCGCGUAGCCUGCGGUAAAUGUUUGCUAUGUCGGCGGUGGGCCACCCUAAAGGCGGCUGUUAUGUCUGAGAGCCAUGGAUGUCGAAGUGAAACAGAGAAAUAGGCGAAGGAAACGCGCCCAGCGUAUGCAGGCACAACGCGAGUUCAACAAAGCUGACCAUCUCGAUGGAGACAGCGGCGACGAGGAUGUCGUUCAGGCGAAGCCCCCGAGACCCCCUAACAGACGGAAGAAGUCCAAGGAGCCCCUUUGCGAGGAGGACAUUAUCGAAGGGUUUUCUAUACUCCAAUUUCGCUCCUACGAAGACUUGGAGUUGGUGUUGAAGAUAGCCGUUAAAGAAAAUAUCAAACGAUUGACUGACGUCGAAAGGCCUAAGAUCGAACCGAAGGCUCAUAUUACUAACCAUAUUUUAGUUCAACACAACCACGGGUUGACGUUAACCCAAGACCCUGCCACCAGCGAUGACAGUGGAAGGGCUUCUGAACGUCUGACUGGAUCGUCUGUCGCUCCCCGAGAUGCCGAUAGUUCGAGAGAUCGAUUGAGCGAUGCCAGCAGUAGGUGUAGUUCAGGAAAAGGAUAUAUCUGUGAUAGCGAGGGUGAAGAUGAUAAGGGUUCCGACGCCAGUUCGGUGAUAUUCGCGUCGACGCCGGCGUCGCGCAAACAUGAAUUCCCGGGCGCGCUGCCGCCCGGCCUGCCGAGCCUCAACCACGGUACGAGCGGCUCGCCCGUACCGGCGCCGACGCCGCCCAAUUUGCCGGUACCGUCGCCCGCCCCCGCCCAACAACCGCCCCAGCAUCCGCCGCAGGCCAUCGCCUCGGCGUCGGUCUCCUCCGGGGCGGGCGUCCUAACGCCGCCGCCGCCUGUCGCCUCCGGCAAAUCCUCGAAAGAUCCUUUGCCGCCUCCGUCGUGUCCGUUGCCGAGCGUCGCGACGCAACAACCGCCCGGCGUACCGACGGCGGUGUCGAUGCCGCAACCGGCGGCGGCGGCGCCGGUCGCCCACCACCCGUCGCUGCCGCCCGCCCUCGAUUCGACGGACAUCGUGCCCGGCGGCCGGGCCAUGCGCACCGAAAGCCCGGCGGUGGCGACGUCCGCCAACGCGGCGGUGGCGCCCUCGCCCGGCCACUACCACCAUCCGGCCGCCUCCUAUCAACACCACCAGCAAAGUACUCUGUACGCGCCGUACGCGACGACGGUAGUGGCUACUGCUCCGUCGCACACGGCGUCGUUCAUGUCGAUGCCGAUGACGACGGCCGUCGCGACGGCCGCUUCGUUGAACGCGGCGCCGCCGCCGCAAAUGGCGGCGCCCGUCGUGGGUAAGGCGUCGGUGCCGGCGCAGCACCACGAUAGGGACAACAAGCUGAUGGCUGCCGCCCAACGAGGUCCCAGUCCGCUUAGGGAUAACAGGGAACGGGAGAGUUAUAGCAACGUGAGCAGUCUGAGCCGAACGAGCGUCGCGACGACGACGACGCCGACGCCCGUCUGUCCCCCGCCAACCACCGCAGUGUCUUCUAGUCUAGCAACAAAUAAUCCGAGCAAACCGUGGACGAGCAACGCCUCGCAACCGCCCGCCUCCGCCGCCUCCGCCGUCGUCGCGGCGUCGCCGACGCAGCUGAGCCCGGCGCCGCCGCGCCCGACGCCGCCGUUGCACUCGUCGUUUCCGAGCGCGCCGAUAUUCGCGGCGCCGCCGCCGCUGCCGCCGCCGGUCUCGCGGGCCAGCCCGAUGGCGGUGCCGCCCGCCAAUCCGAAUCCCUUCUCCGCCGAGAGUCUCUUCCAGACCAACAAGUACCCUUCCAAUCAAGCCGAUAUGUUGAGGAGGGAAUUGGACAGUAGGUUUUUGGCGUCGCAAGAUAGAAGCCUAGGCGUGGCGCCGCCUCCUUAUCUGCGAACCGAAAUGCACCAGCACCAGCAUCAUCAUACGCACGUGCAUCAGCAUACGACGUCGCUGUUGCCGUCUCCGGCCGCCUCCUCGCUCUAUCCAUCGCAAUUGUCCUUAACGCCGGUGGAACCUCUAGCGAGAAGGCGAGAAAGUAGCUUUAAGGACAUUCCUAAACUGGGUUCGGUAGAUUCGCCGUUCUAUCGCCAGAACCUCGGCCUUCCCGGUACUUACCCCGGUUACACGCCCGGUUUGAUGCAUCCCGGUCUCGCCUCCGGACCCACGCCGUUCGUGCCGCCCAAUCACCUACCUACAUUUCAACCCAAGUCGAUGGCUCCACAAGAUCCGACCAAACCUAAGAUAGUGAAAACCGGCAAAUGGAACGCCAUGCACGUGAGGGUCGCCUGGGAGAUCUACCACCACCAGCAGAAGAGCGGCGAGGCCAAGGGCACGUUGGCGAGCGCGACGGCCGCCGUGGCGGCCGCCGCCGCCGCCAAAUCCUCCUCCGAUUUGCUCCGACCUCCCACUCACCUAUUCUCGUCGCGGCCGCCGCCGCCGCCGCCGCACGAGCUCUCCCCCUAUCCCAUGUCGCUGGGCGGCCACCGACCGCCUCCGGGCUUCGAUCAACCCCACCAUCCCGGCUCGUUGUUCACCACCCCCGGCGGACAUUUGGCCAAAUCCCCUUUCUCCGCCGCUUCCACUCUGUCGCCGUUCGCUCGCUACGGCCCCGGACCUCUCGGCUCUUCGGCCACCUCGCCAUUUUCCAUGUCGCCGUUCGCCAGAGAUGCCGGCCAUUUGGCGGCGUUGCACCACGAUCCUUGGCGCAGCCUGCGGUUUCCGCCGGCGGUGAAUCCGCUGCCGCCGUCGAUGCCCGGCUUGGGGAGCGGCGGCGCGCCGCCGCCUUGGAGCCUCAAACCGGAUCCUGUGUUGGAGCAGCGCGAACGCGAGGCCAGAGAACGCGAGGAAAGGGAGCGCGAGAGGUUGAGGCGCGAGAGGGAGGAGAGGGAGCGAAGGGAGCGCGAGGAGAAGCAGAGGCGAUUAGAGCAACAGCAACAGGAGCAGAGGGAGAGGGAGCGAAAGGAGAGGGAGAAGCGCGAAAUGGAGAGGAGAGAGUUGGAGAGGCAGAGAGAGAGGGAGCGCGAGAGAUUGUUGCAGGAACAAAGACUGGCCGAAUCGGCGAAGAUGCAACCGACGUUGUUGAGAGAAAGAUCGCCGUUGAGGAACGGCGAUAUGUCGGAUAUACGAAUCAAAGAGGAACCGAGGAUCAAAGAGGAGGAUAUGAUGGCGCGAUCCGAUCAAAGUUAUUACAGGUACAACCCGUUCCUGAGGCAUCCGGGCGCGUUACAGCCGCCCGGUCCGCCCGCCUCCGUGUUGGACCGGUCGCGGAUGAUGCAGCACGGUCUGCCGCCGCAUCCCUAUCACGCGCCGACGACGCAUUGGGGGGCGGCGCCGCCGCCGCCGCCCAGCGAUCCGUUCUAUCGCUACGGCUACAAUCCCAUCGUGGACGCGAUGAGGGCGCAGGAGGAAAGGGACAGGGCCAGUUUCUUCGGCGCCUACGCCGCCUCCCAUCACGCCUCCCAAUUGAGGCCUAAGGAUCCGGCAUUGAUGAAUUUGAGACCGGGUCCGGGCCCGCCGCCUCCGAUGAAUCCGCACAAGAUGAGCGCGACGCCGCCGGCGGAUUUACACAAAAAAGAAGAACCACGAUAGCAUCGGCCAACUGUGAUAAAGAGCGAUGAUGAUACGAGACGUUAAAAACAAAACGAAUAUAACGAAAUAAACUCGAGGAAGUUUUGAUCGUAAACAUUAGGGAGCUGCACCGGGUAAAUUCUGAUCUAAUUUCGAGUUAUUUGUGUUUUUUUUUUAAUUGAUUUUAUCGCGAGGUUCGCUCACUAAAUUAUCUCGUGACGUCAUUGUCGAGCGAUCCUCGGUGAUUUUAGUAAGCCUUGGUAGUUGCGAGGAUGUUGAAGUUUGGCAUUUCGAAUUUCAUCUGUUCUGCGAUGUCUUCCACAAAAACUAAAAAGCAUUUCGUUCUCGAGUAUAAUAUUAAAAUAAAUCGUUCGAUCGCAAUGAAAUUAAAUUGGAAAUGAUAAUUUUCGAAUUGGGACCAACGUAAAUGUUAUCAACGUGUUUAUGUUUAAUUUUUGUUUAAGUAAAAUUUCAAUAUCCUCUUAAUUGUUUAAAAAUAUCAUUUUUUAUUUUGGAUUCGCUUCGAAGUGACCACGGUUUCGUUUUUAUUUUCGUUUAUGAUCUCAUAGCAUAAUCAAAAAAAAAAAAGGGAUAGCGAAGUAAAUAAGCCUUCAAGAGAUAUUUUUUCAAAAUGGUUUUUAUAACGCGUAGUUUAAUGCACGUUCGAAUUGUAUCCAAACGAAUGCAGAAUUUACUUUUUGAAAAUUCGAAGAUUUCUUGUUUUUUAAUAGCAGUUCACCGUGAUAGCAUUUUUUUAUAAAUUAUCUUUUAACGCUUGUUAUAUUGUCUCUCAAAUGUAUUAGUUGCAAAUUUAGUAAUUCUCCGUUUGUGUAGAAAUACAUUUUAAAACCGCUUCGAGAAACACUAACCUGUGAUUUGUAAUACAUACAUACAGAUUGUAAGCUUUUGAUAUCGUUCGAAUCGAUUGUAUAAAAAUUGUAAUUUAUGUAAAAUGUUUUCGUGAUUUACCUUCGAAGACGCGAGGCGUGUAUAUAAUUACUUAUUUCGAGCUUUAAUUAGACUUUUUUUUUUUCGGAAUCAUUGCGAAAUGUAUCGGUAAAAAUAUCGCGAGGCUAUCGGGUUGUAGUUUUGAAAUUCAGCGGACGAGGCAAAUCGACGAAAUGUUUCAAUUAUAAAUGUUUGUUUAGGGGAAUUUUAAGAACUGCCUAAACGAACGGAUUUUAUUUUGUAUAUAAUAAGAAAGCUCGUGGACGUUUCCCAAGAUUCAUUCAUUUGUUGUAUAAUAACGUUUUGAGUUUCUUUCUUUAUUUUUUUUUAAACUAAGUUUUAAACGUUUCUUUUAAGUUAAUUUAUUUUGUAUAUAUUUUAUAGGUAAUUUAUUUAAGACUGAUGACUUCUUUUAUCGUAUUUCAAAAUUUUUGACUAAUUGGAUAUUCUUAAUAUUUGAUAAUAUCGAUGCACUAGUUCGAUUAAAUUACAUACAAGUUUGACGAAGAAGUCACCUUUACUAGAAAUCUCUUACUUAAGAGAAAAAAAAUACAACGUGGCAACAACGCGAUAAUUCACCUUGUGACAUCUUCGUUAAACAAAUUAAAAACUAGUGCAAUGUAGAUUUCAAAAUCAAAUCAUUGAUAUUUCGUUACUUAAGUAUUUUUUUAUUCGGUUGGGAAAUUAACAUAUGAACCUUUAAAAUAUCGACUGAAUAAUUUAGGUAAUUAUUCAGUUAUUUAGGGGUUCAUACAAGUUGUUGUGAAUUUUCUUCCCACUUGUGACACUUGUAAGCUUGUAAACGGAAUAAUAAAUCAUUCGUUUCCAUUCUGAAAAGCAUCUAUCCCCUACUAAACUAUUAUGUAUCAAUAUAACCUCUAGGUUAUCUAACCAAUUGGUUAUACUGUCCUUACGCGAGCAGAUAAUAACCACUUGAUCGAUAACCUGAUGGUUAUGAACCACCUAGAAUGAUUAAUCAUGGAGGUAAUAAUUUUUCUUUCGCGUUUGAGUGUCGUUUUUCGGAAUGGAUGCGAUAUUUAAAUCUCUUGUAGAUAAAUGCUUUUUAAAUAAAUUUCAACAAUGUAGAUAAAUCACUGUGCUGUAUUUAAUGUUUGUUUAGGAAAACAAUUUUUUAUGUGUAUGAUUCUGAAAGAAUCGCGUGA